AAGGAGAUGCCAAGGCCAACGCGUGGGCCUCUGGCCACCUCCCAGGGGCGGUGCCCCUCUGUGACACCUGGUACUUGGGCAGCAGCCACAUUGGCAGUGAGGCCGUGGCAGCGUCAGCAGCAGAGGAUGCCCCAGGCCCUGGAGCACGCAGAUGGCAGCUGGGCCUGGGUGGUGCUGCUGGCCACCAUGGUGACCCAGGGCCUCACCCUGGGCUUCCCCACGUGUAUCGGCAUCUUCUUCACUGAACUGCAAUGGGAGUUCCAGGCCAGCAACAGCGAGACCUCUUGGUUCCCCUCCAUCCUCACGGCUGUGCUCCACAUGGCAGGGCCCCUGUGCAGCAUCCUGGUGGGACGCUUCGGCUGCCGAGUGACCGUGAUGCUGGGGGGUGUGCUGGCCAGCCUGGGCAUGGUGGCCAGCUCCUUCUCUCGCAACCUCAGCCAGCUCUACUUCACAGCAGGAUUCAUCACAGGCCUGGGCAUGUGCUUCAGCUUCCAGUCAAGCAUCACGGUGCUGGGCUUCAACUUUGUGCGCCGGCGGGUGCUGGCCAACGCGCUGGCCUCCAUGGGCGUCUCCCUGGGCAUCACGCUCUGGCCGCUGCUCUCCCGCUACCUUCUGGAGGACCUGGGCUGGAGGGGUACCUUCCUAGUCUUCGGCGGGGUCCUUCUCCACUGCUGCAUCUGCGGGGCCAUCAUGAGGCCUGUGGCCACCAGUGUGGCCCCUGAGACCAAAGAAUGUCCCCCGCCACCUCCCGAGACACCUGCACUUGGCUGCCUGGCCGCAUGCGGCCGGACCAUCCAGCGCCACCUGGCCUUCGACAUCCUGCGGCACAACACAGGCUACUGUGUGUACAUACUGGGUGUGAUGUGGGCCGUCCUGGGCUUCCCACUGCCACAAGUCUUCCUGGUGCCAUAUGCCAUGUGGCACAGCGUGGACGAGCAGCAGGCAGCCCUCCUCAUCUCCAUCAUCGGCUUCAGCAACAUCUUCCUGAGGCCCCUAGCCGGGCUGAUGGCAGGACGGCCGGCCUUUGCUAGCCACCGCAAGUACCUGUUCAGCCUGGCACUCCUGCUCAAUGGGCUCACUAACCUGGUGUGUGCGGCAUCGGGUGACUUCUGGGUGCUCGUGGGCUACUGCCUGGCGUACAGCGUGUCCAUGAGCGGCAUCGGCGCCCUCAUCUUCCAGGUUCUCAUGGACAUCGUCCCCAUGGAUCAGUUCCCCAGAGCCCUGGGACUCUUCACUGUCCUGGACGGCCUUGCUUUCCUCAUCUCCCCACCACUGGCCGGGUUGCUCCUGGACGCCACCAACAACUUUAGCCAUGUUUUCUACAUGUCCAGCUUCUUCCUCAUCUCAGCUGCCCUCUUCAUGGGUGGCAGCUUCUACACCCUGCAGAAGAAGGAGCAAGGCAAGCAGGCUGUCGCGGCGGAUGCCCUGGAGCGGGAUCUUUUCUUGGAAGCCAAAGACGGUUCUGGGAAGCAACGGUCCCCUGAGAUCAUGUAUGUAACCAGCGUCUAAGACUCAGGGGUCACCUGUGUGACCAGUGUCUGAGUCCUGGGAUCACUGAGUGAACACUGUCUUAGCCCAGCCCAGGAGGGGGACCUCCAGCUCCUUCACCAGGGGCUUGGGUGAAGAGCAGCCGAGGAAGCCUGGACUGUCCAGGCUCUGCAAGCUGGGACUCUGCCAGGAGGUGGGACUUUGGAGGCUGGCCUCUGAAGAUGCCCUGAGA